CCCCACGAGAGCACGACUUCAUCUCGUUCCAGUAUCUCUCUAUUGAAAACUUGGUAAUCGCCAAACUCUUUUUUUUAUUGGAACAAGCACAACUCUCGACUUCAAACAACAAAAAUGGUUGACGCAGUCAAGUCCGCUCUGGGAAUGAACACCAUUCCAGACUACGAUGAUCUCCCACCGGUAGAGGGCAUGCCCAAAGGAUGUGCAUGGGGAGUCUGGGACAAGUUUCGCAAAGAUGGCAAGAAGGACAUCUACGGCACACUGAACCUGCUCACGCCCGACGUGGUGAAAGCCGCCUGCUCGGAAGCGAAAGAAGGCAUUCACGUCUCGCUCAACUGGCCGAUUGGAGCCAUCAAAACUCCCGGAUUCUUCAGAAAAGGGCUCGUGCACAAAGUCAUGUCGUUUGUGGACACGCCUCUGACUUGCCAUGGCUACGACGACGAGAUCGAAUUCAACACGCAGUGCAGUUCGCAAUGGGAUUCUCUCGUCCACUUCCACCACCAGGCCAGCCAGUCAGGUUACAAUGGCACCAAGACCAGCGUGGAAGAGCUCACGCAGGCAUUUGGCGAAGAAGACAAGGAGAGGAAACUUCCCACACUGAACCACUGGCACGAUCGCGGCGGCAUGGUCGCUCGAGGGGUAUUCAUCGACUUCAAGAAAUACGCAGACGAGACCGGACGAGCCUUCAACCCGUACACGGAUGAUAAAAUCUCCAUCGAAGACAUUGAAACCAUUGCGAAGAAGCAAGGCGUCGAAUUCAAGCAAGGCGACGUGAUCAUCAUCCGCUCAGGUUUCACCGAAGGCUUGACGGACGUGUCCGCCGAGAAGCAGGCCGAACUCAUGGGCUCGCAUCGCGUCUGUGGAGUGACCGGUACCGAAGAAGCGGCGAAAUGGUUCUGGAACAAACACUUUGCAGCUGUGGCCGGAGACAUGAUUGCUUUUGAGCAGAUUCCACCCAUUAUCGAUGGUCAAGAGGGUCCCGUGUCACAAUUGGUCCUGCAUCAAAUCUUCUUGGGCCUGUUUGGAAUGAGUAUUGGUGAAUUAUGGGACCUCAAAGCCUUGUCGGAGACGUGCGCGAAACUGAACCGCUACUCGUUCUUGCUGACAAGUGUGCCGUUGAAUGUGCCAGGUGCCAUUGGAUCGCCACCGAAUGCAUUGGCCAUCUUUUGAGUCGUGGAGGUACGAGAAUGCUGGGCUGGAGGUAGCCCAAGCCGAAUGAUGUCUUCCCAAGCAAGGCCUUAUGGCAUACCUAGGUAUUGUUCAGGUACCGAAUGUAUAGUGGCUGUAUGCAAGAUGUAAAGGCUCGAAAGGUUCCUU